AAGUGACCGGUUAUUACUGCUAAAUUUGAGGAAGUUUAUUUGCAAUGGACAUUAACGAUUUUUAGCCAGCCCACGGCGCGGCCGCGGUAUUGACAUGCACACGUGCAGCUGCUCUGCCUAGACCUAGUUAUGCACUGAAAUGACACAUGCAAUGCAUAGCCAUUGAUCUGACGAAUUUAGACAACAUUAUUCAGGCAUAAUGGCUUUCAACAAGUUCAUGCACCCUCGCAACCGCUAUAGGGACAACAAACCAAACUUUGAUGAAUUAGCAAAGAAAUAUCCAGAGUUUGCACGUCAUGUGAUCAGGAACCAAACAGGCAAGGCGACCCUUGACUUCCAUGAUUCUGAGUCGCUGAGGUCACUAACCUGCACGCUCCUGAAGGAAGACUUUGGACUUGAGGUUGAGCUACCUCUUGAUCGUCUCAUCCCGACCCUGUCACUACGGCUCAACUACAUUCACUGGAUAGAGGAUCUCUUAGCAUCGACUGGCCACAGCAAAGGGACGGUGUGGGGCAUUGACAUUGGCUGUGGUGCAUCGUGUAUAUAUCCGUUACUUGGUGCUCAGUUGAACGGAUGGAACUUCAUUGCAUCAGAGGUAGAUGCCUUAGCUAUUCAUUAUUCUAGGGAGAACAUCACACGUAAUGGACUUCAGGACAAAAUAACAGUUGUGGAGACAUCUGAAGGCAGUAUGUUUGAAGAUGUAUUGAACAGUGCCCCCUCCAGACAGCAUCUCUACCACUUCACCAUGUGCAACCCACCCUUCUUUGGUAAUUCUCUGGAAGCGCAAGGAAUCAUGACGUCUCGCAGCAUGAGUCGACCUGAGCCCAAGUCAGUGAGCACUGCUGCCGAACUAGAGAUGAUCUCGGAAGGAGGGGAGGUGGAAUUCGUCCGUAGGAUGAUCAAAGAGAGUCUACGUCUAAGACAUCAAGUUGUUUGGUACACAUCGAUGCUCGGGAAAAAAUCCAGCCUGGCUCUUGUCAGAGAGGAGCUUAGAAAACACAAGGUCCAGAAUGUGACACAUACAGAGUUUUGCCAGGGUAGAACAAUGCGCUGGGGUAUUGCUUGGACAUUCAAGGAGGAAAUUGAAUCACCGCUUCCAGCAUGCAAGAUGCGGAAAGCUGUUGAGAAGAAUACACCUUUCACCGUCCCAGUCCCAGAUACUUACAUCCAGCGGGUGUUGGAGCCUGGACUGAGUGGAGGGUUGCAGAACAAGAUCCAGGCCGUGGCCAAGGCUGUACAUACCAUGCUGCAGAAAUUAGAGAUGUCUGUAAAUAAGAAGCCCUCAUCAAAAUGGUGUGCCAAGUUUGUUUUGACUGCCAUGAGGAACACAUGGUCGCAUCAACGCAGGAAACGACGCAGAGAGAAACUUGAUCAGUUGAAAUCAACAGUCUCUUGUAUGCCAGCUAGAAGGCCUUCACAGGAAGAAUCAUCUACAGCAUUGUCACAAUCAAAAUCAGUAGUCCCCUCAUCUUCCAGGAUCAUGGUAGUAGAGAAAGCUAGACUUGGUCAUGAUGGAACAGACCAUCCCUUAUCAACAUCAUCUAAAGCUGAUGAAGGUCUCCAGGAUGGUGAGGAAGGUACAAGGAAAAGGUCCAUUUCCCCAGGUAUGGACCAACCACUUCCUUUGCCUCCAAGAACAAUCAUCACUGCUGCUUCUGAGGAUGGCAUGGUAUUAAAGAAGGCCAGGCUGGAUCUUUCUUGUUCCCCAGGAGAUCUAGGCAUGCAAACCUGUCUUGAGAAACUCCAAACUCCUGUGCCAAUCACCAACAUCUCAAAGGCAUCAUGUGAGAGGAGUAUAGAGUCCACAGAUUCAUCGUCACUUGAGGACACCACUGCUAUGGAAGGUCAUGAUUGUGUAGAAGGAUGUAAUGAAGGUGCCAUCGGAGUUUCUGCGUCACCUCCAGGAAAGAAUACAGACCUAGGGCCCAGCAUUGCUGUUGAAAGGCUUGGAUGUGUCAGUAAAUCUCCUUUCCCAUCUCAAGGAAAGACGAUAGACCAUGACGCCAAUACUGCAUCAAAGGAACCUACGAAAGCAAGAGAAAUGAUAGCAGAUGGGUCCAGAGUCAAAGACCUCUCAUCAUCAUCAUCAUCGGAUGAAGCGGAAGAUUGCUAUCCACUGGAAAUCAACCUCGAUAUUAAACUCUGUGAUAGAAGGACCAUUGUAUUUGUUGCAAGUGUAGCAGACUCUUCUAAGAGGAAUCUUCUUCACCAAGUUGUCCAGUACAUCAAGAAUCAAAUGAAGUAAAGCAUUUCUAUUUCUUGUCAAAGACUCAAAAUAAGGGUUUAGUUGGAGAUUGAUAUUUGUUUUCUAUAAGAAUGUUGUUAUAUUCUCCGUUACCUCAGGUGUAUAAGAUGUUGAGAUAUAUAGUA